ACCGGACCAAAUAAAGCUACUGACCAUUCAGCGCGCGCUGUCUGUGCUCCCUCUUACAUUCCUCCCCUCUCUUUCACUAUCGACCACACACACUUCGCCAACAGCCCUCCCCUGCCUCUGCUGAAUGAUCGUUGACCACCUCGUUACCAGGAGCGCCGUCCGCUCUGUCGGGCUGCUGCUCGCUGCCAUCGUUCCCCUCGCCACCUGCUACUUUCUCUACAUGAUCGCCUACAAGGAAACGCCCCUCGACACCCUCCUCCACCAGGUCCCUAUCGUCCUCAAACUACUCCAUUCCAAUUCCACAAUCUAUGCAGAAGCCCAUAUACCUCCCACAGGAGCACAGUCCACGGUCACCGCAGCCGCCUUCAGUCCAUUCAGCUCCAUGGCAGCCGACCUCCCCUUUACUGCUGCGUCCAAUUGCAACACUAAUGCCCAUGCCGAGACCGAGUCCUUCAACCUUUCUCCUGCCAUGAGCAUUCUUUUGUCACUCGCCACCUUCCUGGAGACCCAUGGGUACCGCGAUCUCACCAGUAUCCCAGGGUAUCGCCACUUGGCUGCCCUCCAGCCAUUGACCGCUCGAUUGUCGCCGAUUUUGCAACCGAUUCUGUCCUUGAUCUCGUCCCACAAGACAUUGGCCUGGAUUGUAUCACUAUUCCACAUCUGGAUGGCGACCGAGUUGUUGUUCUACGUUCAUUUCUGGACAAGGCUUGCUCAGGCGCAGAUGGUCGACCGUGUGGUCAAAGGGCCGAGAAGCAGAGAGGAGCGCCUGGAGUUGUUCCAGAGAUGUAUCGAGACCACCGGCAAAGGCGAAGCUGCGAAGAAGUGGGCCGAAACUUGGUUUGAUACAGGACGGACGGCCCAGCCAGCGAAAUUUGAAGAGAUUGGGCGGUCGAAUAUGAUGCAUUGGUAGGUCGCUUUUUUCCUUGUAACAUUCCUGUUUACUACCAACAUGUGCUUUCCUCUCAUUCAAGGGGGGGAUCAUCACAGAAAGAAAAAGGAGUUCCACAUCUUCAUGACCGUUGGGA